GUUUUUGUUUUGGGGUUUCAGUCUUCCAAAUCCACAGCUUCGCCUUCCCGAGUUGCCGUCUUUUCUUCACGAUUCUUCUCCCGGAGCAAAGUUCAGUGCUUUUCGUCUCCUCCAUUCUCCUUGCCCUGGAAGCUUCCAAAUCCGUAAUCAGAACAGAACCGACACUUCUCCUAUUCCCCAUCCCCAUCAUCCUCAGAUCCUCAUCCACAAUCUCGCCCGCCAAGCCUCCGACGAGGUUCGAACUACAUUUAUAGCCGGUCUUCCUGAAGCUGCAAAAGAGAGAGCUACAGAAUCUUCUCAGAUGGUUCCUUGUUUUCGAAGCUCCGCAAGUUGAUUAUAAAGGUGAAAAGCCUAUGGGUUUUGCUCUCUUCUCCAACGCCCAGCUUGCUAUUGCUGCGAAAGUUGCCCUUCAGGGAAUGUAUGCUGGUCUCCGAAGAACUUUUACCAGUUCUCGAAGGCAUAUUUCCUUGCCAAAUUUUGUGACUACUGAUGAGGUUGUUAAGUUGAUCCCUGCUUCAUCAAGAUGUAUACUAGAAUUCCCUAUUGGUUCAGCGUGUCUUGGGUUCAAUUACUAUAUGGCUUCUACAGUUAAACAUCCAAGACGAUUGUUUAGGUACUUCCAUUCAAGUGCUGAAUUAUUGGCUAGGAGAGGACAUGAUCAGGAAUUUGGUUUGAAGACUCAAAAGAGAGAAAAGUUUGUAAAAAGGGAAGGCAGGAAUCAGCCACCAGUUGAAGCUCCGUAUGUUCCUCCAAAGCCAAAAAGCACUAUGAGAUCUGUUCCAGAUAAAACAAUUGAGAUAUUCGAUGGCAUGACAAUUGUCGAACUUGCUAAACGUACUGGCGAGUCAAUAUCCAGAUUGCAGGAUAUUCUCGUAAAUGUUGGUGAAAAGAUUAACUCAGAGUUUGAUCUGCUCAGCAUUGACAUUGCAGAGCUGGUUGCCAUGGAAGUUGGAGUGAACAUUAAGAGAUUACACUCUAGUGAAGGUUCUGAAAUUCUACCUCGACCUGCAGUUGUGACAGUUAUGGGUCAUGUUGAUCAUGGAAAAACUUCUCUUUUAGAUGCACUACGCCAGACAUCAGUGGCAGCUAGAGAAGCUGGGGGUAUAACUCAGCACCUGGGUGCGUUUGUUGUGAGCAUGCCUUCAGGUGCUUCAAUCACUUUCCUUGACACCCCAGGUCAUGCUGCAUUUAGUGCUAUGCGAGCAAGAGGUGCAGCAGUUACUGAUAUAGUUGUCCUGGUCGUGGCUGCUGAUGAUGGGGUGAUGCCUCAAACUCUGGAAGCUAUGGCACAUGCUAAAUCAGCAAAUGUGCCUAUCGUGCUUGCUAUUAAUAAAUGUGACAAGCCUGCUGCUGAUCCAGAGAGAGUCAAACUACAGCUUGCCUCAGAGGGUUUGUUGCUUGAGGAGAUGGGAGGAGAUGUUCAAGUUGUUUGUGUGUCAGCAUUGAAGAAAACAGGAUUAGACAGCUUGGAGGAAGCAUUGUUACUCCAGGCUGAAAUGAUGGAUUUGAAAGCUCGUAUUGACGGACCAGCUCAAGCAUAUGUAGUGGAGGCAAGGCUUGACAAAGGUCGAGGUCCUUUGGCUACUACAAUAGUGAAGGCAGGGACCUUAGAAAGUGGUCAGUAUGUGGUUGUGGGCUGUGAGUGGGGCAGAAUAAGGGCUAUUAGGGAUAUUUUGGGGAAAUUGACAGACCGAGCAGGGCCUGCAAUGCCUGUUGAGAUUGAAGGAUUAAAGGGGCUUCCUAUGGCAGGUGAUGACAUUAUUGUUGUAGAGUCUGAGGAGCGUGCACGAAUGCUCAGUGCAGGAAGGAAAAGGAAAUUUGAGAUUGAUAGGCUGAAGAAACUGAACGAGGGGAAGUCUGAUGCUGAAGAACAAUCUGAGGAAGAGGUAAUUGAGAGGGUUGAAUUACCAAUAAUAGUAAAAGCUGAUGUUCAGGGUACUGUGCAAGCAGUUACGGAUGCAUUGAAGAGUUUAAACAGUCCUCAGGUUUUUGUAAAUAUUGUCCAUGUUGGCGUUGGCCCAGUGUCACAGUCUGAUGUGGACUUAGCUCAAGCGUGUGGUGCAUAUAUAGUAGGGUUCAAUGUGAAGAAUCCCCCAAGCUCUCUCAGUCAGACAGCUACUCAAGCUGGUAUACAGAUAAUUCUACAUCGUGUAAUUUAUCACCUCUUGGAAGACAUUGGGAAUCUGAUCGUUGACAAAGCACCUGGGACUUGCGAGACAGAGAUUGCUGGGGAGGCUGAGGUGCUGAACAUUUUUGAGCUAAAAGGAAGGAGCAAGUCAAAGGGACCUGAUGUUAAAAUUGCUGGAUGUCGUGUGAUUGACGGUUGCUUCUCAAGAUCGUCAACCAUGAGGCUUCUACGAAGUGGGGAAGUCUUGUUCGAAGGAUCAUGUGCAUCUCUUAAGCGGGAAAAACAGGACGUCGAUGCAGUGAAGAAGGGAAAUGAGUGUGGACUCGUGAUAAACGACUGGGAUAAUUUCGAGAUUGGAGACGUCGUUCAGUGCUUGAAGCAAGUAGUAAGGAAGCCGAAGUUCAUUUCAUCCGAGAGCGGUGCUGUUAGAAUCGAGUGCUGAAGCAACUCGCAGCUCCCUCCCUUUUCGAAUCUGUUAUGGCUGCUGCAUGAUGCAUUUUAGAGACUCAUCCCUUGGAUGUUGAAAUCAAGGUUAGUAAAUUUUGGGAGUGGAAAAAACUCCAUGAGAGUUGUGACACAGAUAACUCAUUAUAUGUAGUAGAAUCGAGGAAGAAGAUAAUACGAUAAUUAUUGUACCAAGCAAUAGAAGGAAACACAUUUUAGGAUCUACUAAUAACGUCGAUGUGACAACAUUUUUGAAAACUUCAUUUAGUUAUCAUUUCAUAUGAUGAAUGUUCUACUAAGUAUGCUUUUAUUUCUGAA